AUGACUAUGGCAGCAGCUGGUAACUGGGGUAGCUUGGUUUUUGAAACAUUACGGAAAAUAUUUUCGAACAAUGUGCUAACUUGUUACGAAGCUAAAGAGUUAAUUAUAUAUCUGAAGUGUCAUUUUAAGCUUUCAUUCACGGCUUUAAAUGUUAUUGAUGUGAAGAUCGGGUCGGCUUUGCUCAGCCCAGACGAUCCGCCUGAAAAUUUCUCCGACGUGCAGAAACUUCUAGAAUUCAUACCAAAUUUUACGAUCGCCACUGAGUGCUCGUUGCAAAAGGCCGCCUGGUACAUUACCCUUCUAAAGGGGAGCUCGGCUAAGUUAAAUGCUAUGCUGAUAGAAAACGGUCUUUGGAAGGUUUUUGAGGACAUUGAAAUGAAGAUACUGCUGAUAGUCGCUGACAUGCAACACAUCGGCGUGGCCGUGGACGUAGACGAGCUGAAGUCAAUGGAAAACAUUUUGAUGGUCCGCAUGAAAGAAAUAGAAGGCGAAUGCUACAAAGCCGCCGGAAAGACUUUCCAGAUAAACUCGUCGCUGCAGGUCCGGACCAUCCUCUACGACGAGCUGAAGCUGGACACUGAGUCCAAUGUGAAGAUAAGGGAGACGAUCUCCAGGGGUGCGAAGUCUACGGCUGAAGCUGCGUUACGCAGUCUGACGACGGUCCAUCCGCUUCCGAAAUUGAUUCUAGAGUACAGGCACCUGCACAAGGCCCACGCGACCUUCCUAGUGGGUAUCGCCCAGCACGUCAAGGACGGAGUCGUCAGACCCACUUGGGAUCAAACUGCAGCAGCGACGGGUCGUAUAGCAGCGAACAACCCCAAUCUCCAGGCUAUUCCUAAGAAGCCUUUCGACCUCGUUUUGUUUCCGAAGGACGGAGACGACGGUCCCCGCGUGCGGCUGCGGCGCGCGGUGCGGGCGCGCGCGGGCCGGCGCGUGCUGGCGGCCGACUUCCGCCACGUGGAGAGCCGCGUGCUGGCGCACCGCGCGCGCGACGAGCGCCUGCGCCGCGCGCUCGCGCAGCCCGACCUGUUCCGCCAGCUGGCGCGGCUCUGGUCGCGCGGGGCGGCGGAGGCGUCGGCCGAGCUCCGCGAGCGCACCAAGCGGCUCGUGUACGCGAGCGUGUACGGCGCCGGCGCCGGGAAGCUCAUGGAGAUCCUCGACGUGGACUACGAGCGGGCCCUCUCCAUUAUGACCAGUUUUAACAGUACAUUUCCAUCGCUCAAAAAUUUUAGUAAAUCGAUCGUAACGGAGUGUGAGAAGCGCGACGGCCGCCUGACGCUCGCGAGUGGCAGGGCGAGGACCUUCCGCGACAUCUGCAGUUCUAAUUUCGCAGACAAGUCGCACGCGGAACGACAAGCCGUCAACUUUAUCAUUCAAGGCACGGCGGCGGACUUGUGCAAAACAGCGAUGAUUCUAACUACGGACAAGUUGAGACAUGCAGAUCCGCCGAUCGAUGCCCAUCUGGUGCUGCAAAUACACGACGAGCUCGUUUGGGAAGUUCUGGACGAACACCUGGACAGAGCUGCUGCCAUUAUCAAAACGACGAUGGAAAACUGCGGUCGAGAAUGCGGUCUGGACGUAGUCCUGCCCGUGGCGAUGUAUCGCGGAAUGAGUUGGGGGGAAAUGGAAGAGUUCAUUCCGAAGGAAAUUGUAUAGCACC